CUCGGAGUGUUCUACUCUUACCUUACCAGUCUUAGGCCUAUCGUCUUCUCGUCUUCUUCUCAACGAGAACAUUUCUUGUUAGGGUUUCUCUGAAAGGCCCAUUCAUGGCUUCUCAGUCAUCCAAUUUAUGGGUUUUGCUGGGUUUGGGUUUGGCUGGAGUUCUCUAUAUGACCAGAAAAUUCAAGAAAGUUAUUAGAGAAGAUUUUGGAGCUUUUAUCGAAAAGCUUCAACUGCUCCCUCCUCCUCAGCCUGCUCCUCCCAAAGCUCCUCAUCCUCUUACUGGUCUCACCUUUGCGGUUUCCGACGUAUUCGACAUCGAUGGACAAGUGACUGGGUUUGGUCAUCCAGACUGGGCGAGGACACAUGAAGCAGCUUCUGGAACAUGCCCUGUGGUUUCUACUCUUGUUGAAGGAGGAGCCACUUGCAUUGGUAAAACUGUUGUGGAUGAAUUAGCCUAUGGUAUAAGUGGGGAGAAUAAGCAUUAUGGUGCCCCCACAAAUCCCGCUGUGCCUGAAAGAGUACCAGGUGGAUCUUCUAGUGGAGCUUCUGUUGCUGUAGCUGCUAAACUUGUUGAUUUUUCUUUGGGUAUUGAUACUGUUGGGGAUGUCAGAGUACCUGCUGGAUUUUGUGGUGUUUUAGGAUUCCGACCCUCCCAUGGAGCUGUUUCUCAGAUGGGAAUUGUACCUGUCUCAUCGAGACUUGAUACUGUUGGAUGGUUUGCCAAGGAUCAUACUAUUCUUCGACGUGUUGGGCAUGUGUUGUUGCAACUUCCUUAUGCGCCUCCACGCAAUCCUAGACAAGUAAUUAUAGCUGAUGAUUGCUUUCAACUAGGAAAGAUUCCCGCUGAUAGGAUUGUUCAAGUUGUUAUUAAAUCCACGGAGAAGAUUUUUGGAAGACAAAUAUUAAAGCAUGAAAAUCUUGGAGACUAUUUAAGUUCGAAAGUACCAAGCUUGAAAGUGUUCCAAAGCAAACAAAUAAAUGGGCAAUCAAAAACUUCAUCACUUGGGUCCUUUGCAACUGUCAUGCAGAUUUUUCAAAGACACGAGUUUAGAAAUAAUCACGAGGAGUGGAUCAACUUGGCAAAGCCUGUUUUGGAUCCUGCUAUCUCAUCAAUUUUUCAGGAAACACCUGAUACAACUGGUACUGAUGUUGAAAAUUGUAAAGCAAUUAGGAGCGAGAUGCGUUUAGCUCUCAACGCUUUAUUGAAGGACGAAGGAAUUCUUGUGAUACCAACUAUUGCCGAUCCUCCUCCAAAAGUAGGCGGGAAGGAGAUCCUAUCUGAGCAGUUCCAGAGCCGUGCAUUUAGUCUACUAAGCAUUGCUAGCAUAUCAGGCUGUUGUCAGGUUACAGUUCCACUUGGGUUUCAUGAGAAGUCACCUGUUUCGGUAUCCUUUAUAGCCCGGCACGGUGGUGAUCGAUUUUUGCUAGAUACAGUGCAUUCCUUGUAUGUGUCUCUUCAAGAGCAGACUGAAAUUGCUUCCAAAUCCAAAGCUUCCAGAAAUGUUUCUGUCAGCAGGGAACAAUCUGCUGAGAUGGCAAAGGAAAAGGGAAAUCAAGCUUACAAAGAGAAACAAUUCCAGAAGGCCAUCGGAUUUUACAAUGAAGCUAUCAAACUUUGUGGCGAUAGUGCAACAUAUUACAGCAACAGGGCUGCCGCACACCUGGAAGUCGGAAGUUUUCUUCAAGCCGAAGCAGAUUGUACCAAAGCUAUUGAACUUGAUAAAAAGAAUAUUAAAUCGUACUUGCGAAGAGGUACAGCGAGAGAGAUGCUUGGCUUUUAUAAGGAGGCAAUUGAAGACUUCAGAUAUGCACUUGUUCUGGAGCCAACAAACAAAAGAGCAUCUCUUUCUGCAGAUAGAUUAAGCAAGGUGUUUCAGUAACCGAUCAGUUGUAACGAAGUUUCUCGAAGGCUCUCUCGAGGGAAAGUUUUUGCUAUGCAAUUCCUUGCAGAUUCUUGGCCUGUAAAGAUUCAUUUAGACAGUUGAAGAAAUUGCCAUAUAUCAAGCCCAAAACUGCAGCAGAUGAAAAGGGAUUGUGAUUCUUCACGAGUAAGGCCUAAAAAUCGUUUUCCCUGUUUUUUUUUUUCGUUGUAUUUUCGAGGUCCGAUUAAAGCCAUUUAAAUCUCUAGAUGAUUCUUAGUUUCAGCACUACCAGCAUACUGUGAAUGCCAAGUUUCCUUUUACAGUCCAAUUUUGUUUACUUCAAUGUUUGGGGUUGUAAUUCUUUCAGCUGAGUCUUGAAAGGUUUUGUUUGGUGGGGGGGUCGAGUAUAAAAGCCAAUGCAUGUUAUUUGCGAACGACAUUGUUUAAACAAGUUCCUUUGUUCUUUUUGUAAAUGGCUUAGUUAGCUAAAGAUGAUUAUUAUUAUUAUGAUUAGAAUCAUUAUUUUGGGUUAA